GUGAGAGAUCAUCUCAUUUCCCAUGCAUUCCAUUGAGUACCAAAUUAUGCACCCCAAAAUGUACCAAUUCUCGCCGGAAUCCUCCACCGGCUCCGUCGAGGUGCUCCCCUUCGACGAGAACGACUCCGAGGAGAUGCUCCUCCUCGACGUGCUCACCGCGGCCUCGGCCGACAAUUCGGCGCAUCGGAUCCGGCCCAAGGAGGAGGGAGUGGGGUCGCGGAGCUACCGGGGCGUGCGGCGGCGGCCGUGGGGGAAGUUCGCGGCGGAGAUCCGGGACUCGACGCGGCACGGGGUGCGGGUGUGGCUGGGGACCUUCGACAGCGCGGAGGAGGCGGCGAUGGCCUACGACCAGGCGGCGUUCGCGAUGCGGGGGCCCGCCGCGGUGCUGAAUUUCCCCGCGGAGGCGGUCCGGGAGUCGCUGCGCGGCGCGGAGUACCGCCGGCUGGUGGCGGGCGCCGAGGAGGAGGGGGUGUCGCCGGUCAUGGCGCUGAAGCGGCGGCACUCGAUGCGGCGGAGGAGGAAUUCAACGGCGGCGGCGGCGGCGGCAGUGGCGGUGGCGGGGAGGAAGGGGAGGAGAGGGAGGGAGGUGAGUGGGGUGGUGGAGUUGGAGGAUUUGGGAGCAGAGUAUCUGGAGGAGCUUCUCAGGAGCACUUCAGAGGUUGCAACUCCUUGAUACAACUAAGUCCAUAUAUAUCUGAUCAAUCCGGAGCUCGGCGCAGAUGAAAGACGCACUAACAAAUUACACUGUGAAAGCAUAGUCUACCGCCGUGCAUCGACAGUAUCGAUCGUACUCUCUGAGUUUGUUUAGCUCUGUCAUGAAGCGCAUUGCUAUUUGUUGAAGUGUUGUUUGAGUAAUACUCUUAUGAAAGGUAUAUAUUAUUUUUUUUAGAGCAAAAUCAGAAGCAGUGAAUCAGAAUUUUUCUUUUCAAAACUCAAAUUACUUUUUUUACCUUUCUGUUGCAGUGAAACAUUUAGAUUUUCUUUUUAUUAGCUAAAUAUUUUAUUAAAAUCUACUGCCGCUAAAAACAGAAAUAUAAGUUAGAACAACAAAUCCUAAAUUGGAUGUGUAAUUAAUUGAAUUAUCAUUUUUGGCUAGCCAUGACACAGACGUAAAUACUAAAAAAAUGAGAACUUCGCAAGAAUUUGUUAGUGCUCCUUGCACCUGAGCUCAACUCGGCUGUUUCUAUCUGUAUGACUUUUGCUCUCUUUUAAUCUCUCCAUUUGUUUUUCUCCAUUUGUUUAGAGUGUUAAGUAGAAGUUGAUUUU